AAGCAGUUGUUGAACUACAGCAACAGCAGCAGCAGGUUGCGCGUCGUGUUUACACACAAACACGAAUACGAAACACUCACACACACAACAAACAAUUCACAUACACUGAAUUCGCUCGCACACGCACACACACUGCUGUGUUAAACAUUCGCAGUGCCAGCUCAGAGGCAAAACGACGGCGUCGCGCGAUCGCAACAGAAACGACAACUACAAAAACAACAACGACAACGACAGCGGCCCCAUUGGAGGAGCUCUGGAGAUUGUCGCCGUCGUCGCAGUCACAGUCGCAGUCUCGCAUUCGCAGUGUGCGCGUUUUCGUUAAGCGUCGCUCUCGUUUCGUUCGUACGUUCGUUUGGUUUGUUUCGUUUAGUUUCGAUUUGGUGGAUUUUGGAAUCAGAUUCGAAUUCAGAUUCAGAUUUAAAGUGUGGCGUUGAAUUACAACAAAGCACAAGUGGCUCGCAUUAUUUCCAUUGUGUUUUUUUACAAGUGCUCUCCCCUCAGUGUGUGUGUGUGUGAGUUUAUAUGUAUAUUUGGAAACCAAAAAUUCUGCAGUGACUUCAACAAGUUGCUGCUGGUCAAAAUAAAUAGCCCCACAGAAAGUUGCGACCCAGCAACAACUCUACAACAACUACAACGACAACUCUACAACUACAACUACGAAAACUACAAAUACACAAGCAAGCAAGCAAACGGCAUUCUUUCGCGCAACAACAAAAAAGCAGUUGCCAAAGAGAGCACACAGCACACAAAUACGAAUACAAGCACACAUACACAACAACAUCAUAAACGACAGCGCUCUCCCUUGCUCUCGCUGUAUGCGUGUGUGUGUGUGCAUGUGCAGCGACCCACAGCAACAACAAUUUUGAUUAAAUCGUAUUUGUGCCGCGUUGCCCCUUCCCAUUACCCCCUUCAAACUCCUUGUUCGCGCUCUCUUUGCGUCGCGCACCAACAAAAACAACAUCGACAGAGCGCCCACACAAUCGCCAAGUGAGAGCCGCUGGAAUGUGGCCCGACGUCGCCGUCGUCGUAGACUGCGCAGUCGCAGCGCGUUGUUAGUGUUUGACGAAGAGGUCAGCGCAGCGCAGCAAAGCAAAGCAAAGCAAUAGCUUGUUGGCUGCCGACAACAACAAAACAAAUACAAUACAAUUUAAUUGAUUGUCAGUGCAAAAUUACAAAUAAGUAAAAGAAACAAAAGAAAGUUUGUUAAAGAUAUUAUUUGUGCUAGAAAUACGUAAGCGUCGCUCGAUUACUUUGGAUUACGCGCUUAAGGCGCCGCUCCUGGGCUACAAAACUACAAUAGCAGCAGCAGCAACAGCAAAAACUAAAACAACAACAAUAAUGCCGACAACUGCAGCGACCUUCGUUGGCAGUGCAUAAGCAACAUAUUUCGAACGCGCGCGCUGGAUACGGAAAAUGAUGCAGCAUGCGAGCAUUUUGCACCGUCAGCGCGCCCCUGGAAGUAUGCGCGUCCUCAGCCGAGCAACUGUCACCCGGCUCCCGAUUCUUGGCACUGAGACUUCUGGGCCAACAGCAGCCGAAAACUCUGUACUUCCUAGUCGAUGCAAAGAGUCGAGUCCGAGAGGUUUACACGCAGACAUGUCUGCACUUUGCCACGCAGGGCAUGCAAGACACCGAGCUCUUUGGUCUGGCCGUGCUCAUAGAUGGCGAGUACAUGUUUGCAGAUCCCGAGAGCAAGCUCUCCAAAUACGGCCCGAAGAGCUGGCGAUCCUCGCACACACACGGCCUGGAUGCCAAUGGACGACCUCUCCUGGAGCUACACUUUCGCGUGCAGUUCUACAUCGAGAGUCCGUUCAUGCUGAAAGAUGAGACGUCGAGACACAACUAUUACCUGCAGCUGCGCCAUAAUGUGCUGCAGCGCGAGUUGCCACGCGAUCAUGGUGAUCAGGCGAUGUUCCUGCUCGCUGGUCUCGCGCUGCAAGCGGAUCUGGGUGAUGCGCCCAGCGCAGGAGCCACCUCGACGACGACACCAUCGACAACAUCAACAGCAGCAGCAUCCACAACAGGAACCACAAACAAUCAACCAAAGGAGAAGUCAAACGAAGAGGAGGAGGAAGAGGCGAUGGGAGAGGGAGCGGGAGCACUUGCCGCGGGACGUAGUCGAGCCACGGCAAUGACGACGACGCUGCCAAAGAUCAGAAAGCGUCUGAGCAGCUACAAUGAACGCAUGCUGCGCCUGUCCACGUACGUGACGUCCACAAGUCAGGCGGCUGCGAAGCGGGAACACAACGCUUCCUCAUCGAACGCCAAUGUCGUCCCCGUUGCAGCGGCGAGCUCCUCGGACUACUUUCGACUGGAUGAUUACCUGCCCCCAGUGUUGCAGACGGCGUGGGCAAAGACCGCUUUGCGUGCCUGCCACCGGGAGCAUCAAGGAUUAGCUUCAGCGGAGGCGGAACUGCUGUACAUUCAGCAGGCGUGCAAUCUUCAUGAGACAAUCAAUGCACACACGUUCCGUAUGCGGCUGGCGAAGAGCGAGGCUGGUGUGGGCAGCGCCUGGUUUGUCAUCUAUGCGAAAGGUAUCAAGAUCCUUGGAGGGGCAGCCACCGAACCAGCCACAUUCCUUUGGCCCAACAUUACGAAGCUAUCGUUUGAGCGUAAGAAGUUCGAGAUACGCUCGGGAGAAAGUCGCAUAACGCUCUACGCAGCUUCGGAUGAAAAGAACAAGCUGCUGCUGACGCUGUGCAAGGACACCCAUCAGUGGAGCAUGAAGCUAGCGGCGCGUCUGAAGGAAGUGAGCAAGCGCGAGGAAGAGGAGGCGGAGUCCCAUUGUCUGCACGCCAGCUACGCCUGCUCCCGUAGUCUGCUGCUGCCGUAUAAGAGCAAGAAUGAGCAGCGCAUAUCGGUUAUCUCGAGCACCAGUUCCAACACCACGUCGGGCAUUGUCAGCGAUCGCGUGCACUCUGAGGAUGAGCUGGAGAUCAUGAUCAAUACGCCGCCAGCGCCACUCGCAGCGCCCUCAACGGAGAGUCUGGCGUUGGCCCAUCUGCUGGACAGGCCCAGUGUGAGCAGGCAAACCUCUUCUGUGGGGCAGAUGUCACUGAAGGACCUGGAAGAGCAACUGGCCGCCCUGAGCGUGGUCAAUGUGCGCCCGAGCGAAACUCUAGCCAGCUGCAGUGCGCCAUCUUCAUCCACAACUGCCGCAGGGAAUGCUUUGAUUAGCAACUCGGGCAGCCAGCGCACGAAUGGCAGCAACACCAUCAGCGUUGUCAGUAAUGCCAACGACUCUUCCACGGCCACAGACUCGCCCAGUUCGCAGCACAACAUUGGAUCGCAGUGCUCGUCCACGUGCAGCACUGUGGUGGUCACAACUCCGGCACCCGCUGUCGUUCAUUCCACGUCGUCCAGCCUGGAGCUGGGCUUCAGUCACACAGCACAAAACUCCGCGCUCAGCGAGUCCAAUCCCGAUGACUUUCUGCCUUCCUCGGUACGUGAUGAGACGGAGAGCGUGUCUGGCGUCUCCGGUGUCUAUACGCUAGCUCACGGCAUGGCGCCGCCCACGGAAACUUCGGGUGUUUAUACCAUGCAUAGCAGCGAGCUAACCGGACAGUCCUCUGAGCUGGCCGAGUCCGAAAAGAGUUCACACUACGGAAUUUUCCAACCCGCCAAGGGCGAGGCCAGCCAUACGCAUAGCGACUCGGUGGACGGCAAUGCUUCAUCGGUGAAAAAGUGCAACGAGUUCCGGCUGCGCUCCGAUUCCAACAUUAGCACAAGCAGUUCGUUUCGCGGCGAUGGCAGCGAUCCCACAGACAACAAGCAUACGCUGCUCUCCGCCGAGGAGCUGACCAAUUUGAUAGUCGGACGCGGCACUUAUCCCAGUCGGAAGACCGUUUCAAGUACCCUACACUCGGACUGCGACUAUGUCACACUGCCCCUGGAGGUCGGAGGAGCAUCGGUAGAGGAACUGCAACCCGAACUGCCACCAGCACCGCCGCCAUACAGUGCCCGACACGAAAAGACCGGACUGUGCGGUCCGCCAGUUGUGCCACCGCCUCCUGUGCCACCCAUGCCCAAGCCGGUGAGUGUGGCGCCCAAGCCGGAGCCACCAGCGUUGCCAGCACCACCUCCAGUAGUCCCAGUGGCAGCUCCCCCACCACCGCCGCCUACUUCGUUGCGACGUCGCGAUCCUCCGCCGUAUCCUACGUCCCUGAAACCGCGUCCCACCUCGCUCAUCUCGAUGGCAUCCUCUGCAGCGCCAGCGCCCAGUGCCGCCGGCUCGUUGAGUUCGCUAAAGUCCGAGGAGGUAACCGCACGUUUUAUUACGACCCGACCACAGAUCAACAUCCUCAAGGCGCACACCAGUCUGCUGCCGGAUGGUGCCAAGCCCAGCUAUGCAGCGCCAACGCAUUAUUCCUCCGCUGCCUCCUCCAGCGGAUCGGUGUGCAGUCACCAGUUGUCGCAGCAGUCGCUACACAACUCCAACUAUGCCGGCGGAUCGCAGGCAUCGCUGCAUCAUCACCAUCAUGCACAUGGACACGGUGGCCAUCAUGCGCAUCACCAUCGUCACUCGGGUUCGGCGGCCAUUGGCAUACCGAUAGUUCCUUAUGGGUUGCAUCACAAGAGCACCGCCUCGUUGCAUCAUCAGCCGCAGCCACCGCCGCAGCAAGCUUGUGUGCUGCUGCCCGUGAUCAAGCCACGUCAAUUUCUGCCGCCGCCACCGCCCAGUUUGCCCCGACAGCCGCCACCACCGCCGCCGCCCUCGCAUCCCCAUCUCGCGGGUCUCUACAGCAGUCAGUUGGCGCGCAAUCAACUGGAGCUGUAUCAGCAGCAGAUGUACAGCGAUGUCGACUACGUCAUCUACCCCAUACAGGACCCGGCCGUCAGCCAGCAGGAAUACCUAGACGCUAAGCAAAGCUCGCUGCUUGCCGCCAUGGCGCAGGCUCAGGCCCAAGCUCAAGCCCAUUCCCAGGUGCAGUCGCCAGGACAGGCGCCGCAUCCAUAUCUAGCCUAUUCCGCUGGCUGGGAUACGUGCAAGGGACACGCCAUCUAUCGAAGCACACCCUACCUACCCCUGGCACUGUCGACGCACUCGCGUUACGCCUCCACGCAGAACCUAUCCGACACUUAUGUGCAACUACCGGGAGCGGGUUACUCGCCGCUUUACUCCCCCUCGAUGGCCAGUUUGUGCAGUUCGUACGAACCACCGCCACCGCCUCCAUUGCAUCCGGCAGCUCUAGCGGCGGCCGCAGCGGCAAACGCUUCCAGCCUCUUUGCGCGAUCACGAUCAGACGAUAACAUUCUGAACUCGCUCGACUCGUUGCCUAUGCCAAAAGUGAAGCGUUUGCCGCCGCCACCGCCGCCGCCGUACGUCAAUCGACUGAAGAAGCCGCCGAUGCCAGCGCCCAGCGAGCAACCGCCGCCAAUUCCCUCGAAGCCAGUUUCCCAUGCCACGCUGAGCAUGCUGCCGCCCAGGAAACCGCUCACUUUGAAUCCCCACAAUGCCAACAGUCCGCUGAUUAAAACCUCCAGCGGUGCCCAGUGGGCCGGAGAGCGUCCCAAGCCCGAUCUAGGCCUAGGCUUAAAUCGUGGCAAUAGCAACAGCAUUUUAGCACAGCUGCAGGCCUCUGUGGCAGCCAGCCAGGCUGCGGCAGCCCAGGCGGCAAAUCCUCUGGACAUUGCACUGUUGCGCGAAAAGAGCAAGCAUCUGGAUCUGCCGCUUAUCUCGGCGCUGUGCAACGAUCGUUCGCUGCUGAAGCAGACCAAGGUCAAGGUCUCCAGCCAAGCGGCAGCUGGAGGAGCAGUUAACACCACAACAGGCAGUCCAAAUGCCAGCAAUGCUAGCAAUGGCAGCUCUUCGUCUAGUGCAACGGGAACGGGAACAACGGGCACGCUGAACAAGGCUGCUCGGAAUGGUGGCCGGACAACGGCAAUCAGUCAUCGCCAUCCGCAGGACAAGCUGCCGCCGUUGCCCGUGCAGCUGGCCGAGGCUAACAACUAUGUGUUGGAUCCGGCAGUGGUGAUGAAGCAUCACCACAAGAGCUACAACUCCCAGAUGCAUUCGAUGCAUCCUCAUCCGAAUUCGCAGUCACAAUCACAAACACAGUCGCAGUCACAAUCGCAAUCGCAGUCCUAAGCGCGUGUGGCAAGAAAGAGUAAGCCCGCUUGAAACUCCCUCUAACAAAGUUCCAGUGUUGUGAAAUGUGGUGGUGUUGUGCCAUUAAUUGUGUGUGUCGAUAGAGAAUUUGCAUAGCGAAACGAUUAACGAUAACAAGUCGAUCACAGGGUGUUUCACGGCAGGCGCGCUUCCAAUUUCUAGACAAAGAAUGAAAGAGAGAGUGAAUAACAAGAAUUUUUGAAUAAAAGACAAGACAAUAAAAGGAAAGGACAACAACGACAACGACAACCUCAAAUAUGCAUUCAAAUAUAGCAACAGAGAAAACCCAGUCUAGUCACUAAAGGAAUGGGGAUGCAGAAGAGAGUGAUGGAGAGAGAAAUGACAGAGCGAAACCGUAUAAAAGACAAAUGAGAAUGAUUGUGAGAAUGGGAAGCAACAAUACUCAAGUAUAAAAUACAAAACAACUUAAAUUAACUAACUAAAACAAACACUAGACUUAAUAGCAAACCAGUGAGAGUGGCCUCCUUGGCUUUACCACUUAGCUAGGCCAGUUGCGAUUACUACUUAAAAAAAAACAAAACAAAAAAAAACGAUAUCGAAAACUAACUAUUUCCGCCCAAAACAACUGUGAUUGAUUUUUUAUUUUUUUUUUACAACUAAAACUUAUAUAUUUUACAACUAACGAAUAGUCAGCAACAACAAGACAAAAUGAACAACUAUGCAAAUUUUUUUUAGCAUGUAGACACUCGCAUUAAGAGAGCGCCCACAUUCCGCAUUUAUGAAACGCACGCACACACCCAUACACACACACACACACAUACAAUGCAAGGCGCUAAGAGAGCCGAGUUCACUCUCGCUCUCUUUGCGCUUUGCUGAACGAUCGCUGCAGUUUGGAACUUGUUUGGAUCAAUCUGCAGUUGUCCAUGGAACUAAAUGAAUCUUAAAAGAGAGAGAGAGAGAGAGAGUGCGCGCCCUCGUAAUGCCAUUAUUAAUAUCGUAUAUCUAUGUAUAUGUAUAUGUAAUUGCCUAGGCCUUGCCCCACCGUUUGUUUAAUUAUUUUCCAUUCCAUAUUGUAUUUGUAUCGAUAUUGGAAUUUACUAUAAUAACGAGUGAGCGUUGACGCUUCUGUUUUUAUUAUUAUGAUUUCGAUUUGGAUUUAUAUGAUUAUGUUUACCGAUUACCAAUUAUCCCACAUCGAUUCACGAUUAUUAUUUUUUACCCCUUGAAUUUCAUUUUUAAGUUGAUGAUUUUGAUGCAUAUUAUGUUUAUAUAUUAACCCCCUUCUGCUCUGUGUGCUUCUGUCUGUGUAUGUGUGUCCAUUGUAUAAGUAUGUGUAUGUAUCAUUGUGGUUGUGUGUUUCACAAAAGCUUGCGUAGGUUUUUCCAAGUUAAAAGCCUAUAGCUAAGCAACAAGUGUCACACUCCAAAAAUACAUGCGCAUUCUGUAUAACCCGCAUACACACACACACGCACAAACACAGGCACACGUAGCUAUAUGAUAUCAAAAUCGGCCAUAUAGUAUAGAGCUAUAGCAAAACGCAUAUCCAUAUAGAUUAUAUGACUACUAUACGUGUAUGUACUAUAUACUAUACUAUAUAAAAUUGAGUAAAAAUCAUGAUUAAUAAGUGUUGUGUUAUCAUUAUUAUUAUUAUUAGUAGUAGUAGUAUUAUUAUCGUUCUUAUUACAAAACUGAGAUGUAUACUAAUUGCACAGAAGAAUCUCAAAGGAGGAAUGCCGCUGAAAGUGCACACUGUGCACUCGAAUAUAACAAUUGAAGUGUAGUGGUGUAUCACAUAUUUUGAAACAUGAAUUGUUAACAAACAAAUCAACAAAUGAACUAGCUUCGGAUUAACAACUAGCUGGUUCUGGCACUUUGGCUAUGAUUGGAUUACAAGCUAAAAUGGCCACAAAUACAUUUAGUCGGUGGUCAGAAUGUCCUCGUCAUCAACUUCGGGGCGACGCACCCAGCGCUUGGUGAUGGUCAACGCGAUGCCCGUGACCAGGAAGAUGCUGCCAAAUACAAUGCAGGCGAUGCCAAAGUAAACACCAUAGUCGGCAAGGUUGAUGGCCAGCUAUGAAGAAGCGAAGAAUGCGAAUUAGUAACUCAUUAUUCUGAAGAAUAUUUUAAUCUCUGCUUACCUUGGCUGUGGAGGCCAGCUCGGAGCUCAGCUCGGCAUACUGAUCGAACCAAAACAUGGGCAUCAACACCUUCGGCACGCCACGAUAAAUGCUGCAAAAAGCAAACCAAUGAGAUCAGAGCUUAAGCAAGAGCUAAUUUCGUCACUUACUCGUAGUCAUCAUCCGGCUCAAUCAUCAUGUUGAUCUGAAUCCUGCCGUGCACUUGCAAUGGCACACCUAUUGUGGGCUCCACGGCCAUGACAAACUCGUGCUUCUCCUUGUCGGGUUUCAAGCCGCUCACGGCAUUCAAAUAGGAUUCGUCAGCGAGAUAAAAGUGAGGGAAGGAAGAGUAAAUAGGCGCCUUAUCGCGACACGCCUUGCACUCGACCACGCCCGUCUUGGGGCACUCUUCGAG